GAUGAUCGAAGCCGGCGACAGUGUGAAGCGGUGGGUUACGAGGGGUAACGUGUAUUAAUUACACUAAAUGCUAUUAGCAUUACUAAGUAAACAUUGGUGGAAGACGUGAAACUAAUAAUAUAAUAUUAUUAUCAUUACCCCAAAAUGUGUGAAGUUGCAGAUACCUCGAAACCAAGAAGAAUCGCCAUUAUUGGUUCUGGAAACUGGGGCUCAGCUAUUGCUAGAAUCAUAGGAACUAAUACUUUAAAGAAUGGAAAAUUUGACAGUACUGUCCAGAUGUAUGUUUUUGAAGAAAUAAUAGAUGGGCAGAAGCUAAGUGAAAUAAUCAACACAAAGCAUGAGAAUGUGAAGUAUUUGCCAGGCUUUUCUAUACCUCCAAAUGUGGUGGCUAACCCUGAUAUUGUCGAUGCUGGAAAAGAUGCUGACAUUUUUGUAUUUGUACUACCUCACAAGUUUGUCAGAGCAGCCUGCCAGCCAUUGGUUGGGAAAAUUAAACCUACAGCCAUUGGUCUAUCUCUCAUCAAAGGUUUUGAUAUUACACCAGGUGGUGGCAUUGAAUUAAUUAGCAAUGUGAUCAACAAAUUGCUAAAUAUAGAUAUGGCAGUUUUGAUGGGUGCUAAUCUUGCUGGUGAAGUAGCAGCAGAGAAAUUCUGCGAGACAACAAUAGGUUGUAAAGACAAAGAAGCGGGUAAGUUAUUAAAAGAACUUAUCCAGACAGACUAUUUCAGAGUGGUAGUUGUUGAUGACAUCAACACUAUUGAAAUUUGUGGAGCAUUAAAGAACAUUGUUGCUUGUGGUGCAGGGUUUGUGGAUGGCUUAGGUUAUGGAGACAACACUAAAGCUGCUGUGAUCCGACUUGGUCUAAUGGAAAUGAUAAAAUUUGCUGAUGUUUUCUAUCCUGGUUCCAAACUAAGUACAUUUUUUGAAAGCUGUGGAGUGGCAGAUUUAAUCACAACGUGUUACGGUGGCAGAAACAGGAAGGUUGCUGAAGCUUUUGUAAAAACAGGAAAAAAAAUUGAAGAGCUAGAAAAUGAAAUGUUGAAUGGACAGAGAAUGCAGGGGCCUCAGACAGCUGAAGAAGUUCAUAUCAUGCUUAAAAACAAAGGAAUGGAAGAAAGGUUUCCCUUGUUUACAGCUAUCCACCAGAUCUGCCAGGGUAAUCUACCUCCAACACAGAUGAUAAACUGUAUCAAGAAUCAUCCAGAACACGUAUAAAAUCUUCACUGACAAUAGUCCUUUCAGUGUUUUGCAAGUGAAGACCUGAGUAACCCACAGGAGAGUUGGCCUGUUUGAAGUUUAUGCUAGUCAGCAAUAUACAGUCUUUUUACAUAAACUUGUAUGUAUGUGACCAAGCUAGUCAGCAAUACACAGUCUUGUUACAUAAAUGUGUAUGUUUGUGGCCCAGACAAAAAAGCUGGUGAUGCUUUUUUCUAUAUAUUAUUUCCUAAUAACACACAAGCUGCUUUUACAGGUUAGGUUAUACAUAUGCAAACUUUCUUUAAAAGGAGAUUUUAAUACCCUGUAGUACAUUUGCAUCUAAAUCAAUUGUUUAUAAGUCAAAGAUAAAAAUAAUAAUUGUAAUUCGUAAUCUUUUUCAAUUUAUUACAUUUAUAGCUCUUAUAAUUUAUAUAGAACUAUUAUAAUAAGUCAUUGUACAAAAUAGGUUUCUGUAUAAUAAUUGGGAUUCUUUUUUAAUAUUUUAAAGAAUGAAUAACUCAUCACUGUUCUUAGAGAAGUAUUGUUUCAGAAUAAUCUGGUAUGUAGAAUUUUUUGCCACAUUUCAAAGUGCAUAUUACAAGCUCUACUGUUGUGUUAUAGAUGACAUUAUAGAUUGAUAUUAGUUCUGUUCAGAUAUAUUUUAAUAGAAUGUGAAUGCCCAGUUUAAUUUUUGCAGAGCCCAAACUGACACAAACUUAUUUUCAAAAGUAGUUAUUCUGUUUCUUGCUGUCUUAUUAUUAUUUUUCAUAGUUUCCAGGUUUUAUUGACACUUAGUAUAGGUUGAAAAACCUACACAAAUAAAUUAAUGUGUAGAAAGCUUUGGAAACUAGUUAACUUUCUGCUUUAAGCUCACUGGCAUAAACAGUUUUUGAGUGUGUGUGUGUGUGUGUUUUUGUUGUUGGUUAGGUUACCUGAUUGAUAAGAACCCUAUAAUUUGAGAUAUGAAGGUAGUUAUGAAUUUUUCACAGUAUAUUUUUAAACCAUAUUUAUUGUCUAAAAAUGUGAAUGAACUGGUACAGAGAUGCUGAAUAAGAAGACAGCACAUGAGGUUGAUUUAGGUAUGGUAUCAUGAACUUGGAAUAGAGAACUUAGUUCAUCAUAGGCAUUUUAAAUGUACUGCAUUGAAAUAAAUAAUGACUUCUCAUUAUUGUUUAGUAAAAACAAAUCUUAGAAAGUGAGAUAUGAAACAGUUUAACUAUUUUUUUCUAGAAUUUGAAGUAAUGGUUGGAAAAGAAUGCAUUACUUAUAUAACUUUUAAUACUUAUUUCUUCUGUUUCAUCUUUCUCUGUUUGUGAUAUUUAAGGCUUGUGCAGUAUGUUGUGAUAGACAAUUGAACAUAAAGUACUAGAGUCUGCAGUGUCUUUACCCAGAAUGAAUACAGUUUGUUACAUUAACAGUGCAUUAGGCAUCUCAUUUUUAUACUCUUUUACAGCCUAUCUCUUUUAAUGACUGAAACCACUACAUUUUAAAAAUACUUUUUUCAUGUUUCUCAAACUAUUUAUAGUCAUUUUGGAUGCAUUCUAUAUCACAAGCCAUAUAUAUGUGAGUAUCAUAUGGUUUACAAGUAUUUGCUAGUCAUAUAGUGAGAGAAAAUGCAUAUUUAAGACUGCCCCCCCCCCCAAAAAAAAGUGGGAGCUUAGUGUCAAAGACCUGUGCAUGUUUAUCUGUCUGUGAGUUUGGCACACCAUUAUAAAAUGCACAUUUCAAGGUAAAACAGAGAUGUUAAAUCUACAUUAUUAAAUAAGAUAAAAAUAAAUAAAGCAUUGGCAGCUAUAAAUGCUUUCAUUGAGAAAAUAGACAGUUUUGGAGAGAAAAGCAUAAUCUUUGGCACUUUUUCAAAGCAAGUUCUUUUGAAUUACCACAAUGCUCAGUCAUUUAGGUGUAUAAUCUUUUUCCAUGUCUUUCAUUAAUCACUGCUAAUUCCACCCUUUCUAAUCAACAUUCAGAUAUGUCCUUUAACCCCUUAUUCUUCCAUGAAUGUACAUCUUCAAUAAUGGUGGCUUGUAGUAUUGAGAAGUUUUAGCUGUAUUUUUUUCGUUAGUAAUAGAUAUUUAUAAGCAAAUAAUUUUUUUAGUAAUAUUUGUACAGGGUAUAGCAACAGUUGGUCAAUCUAAAUUAUAUAUAAAUCAAAGUGUUGUUUUUUGUGUAUGUUGCUCACAUAUACACAUUAUUGUUUUAUUGCUAAAUGGUCAUGACUUUUUGUCAAAUCAACCUGUACAUAGAGACAAUUUUUGCAUAGAAAAUACUAAUGAUACCUAAAAAGUAAGAGUGUUUAAGGAAAUUUAAAACCUUAACAUACAACUGCUUUAUAAAGAUCGUUAGAGUUGUUUAAAGUUUGAUAGAUAUAAACGUAUAUAAUAAUUUCAUGUUGAUGCGUAACUUGAUAAAUGAAUUGAAAUCUUAAGUUCUUCCAACUACUGAAUUUAUCUUUAAACUAAGGACACUGGUCAAGUUGUACGGAAGUAGAAAUAGAUUUGUUGACUAAAUAAUUGUUUAAUUGUUAACUAGUUUUAAAAAAAAUAUUUAUUAAAAUUGUUGGA